CUUCUAUCUCUCAUCUCUCUCUUUUUUCUCUCUCUCUCAUCAUCACACAGAGACAAUAAAAAGAAGAAAUUUAAGCAAAAAAAUCAAUAAAUCAAAGGCAAAAAAUGGAGCAAAAAAAUAUUGUAUUUCUUCUUUCUCUUAUGGUUUUACUACUAAUUUCCUACACAACUUCAGCUCGUUUAUUGCCAACAAUUAAUUCUCAAGAGAAUAAGAAGAUUGAAUCUAAUGGGAUUAUUAGUAAUAAUCCAAUUUCCUCACAAGUACAAGAAGAUUUCAAUGAUCUCAUGGGAAUAGAAGAAUGUGAAGAAAAAGAUGAAGUUUGUUUCAAGAGAAGAAUGAUUGCAGAGGCUCAUUUGGAUUAUAUUUAUACUCAACACAAGCCAAAACAUUGAACAAGUUUAUAUUAAUAUUUUUUUUUUCUUAAGGAUGAUUAAUUAGUAAUGUUUUUCCUAUACUUGAAAACCUUAAAUUAGAGUACUACGUACUAAAAGAAACUUUAAUUUAUUAAAACUUGUAUUUCAAUGUAUCAUAAGAUUGUAGUACUAUGUUUUGU